GUUAGUCUACGAGUACAACACCACACAACAGAUGACCGCGGUCGGGUGGGCAGCGUUGCAAUACGCAAUGACGAAUCAUAUCGUAAGAGCAAUGCAGUGUAAACUGCUUGAAGGUUAUGGGAAUAUAGUUGUGACAAGUAGACCGCAAUUGCAUCUUUGCCAAAAUUCCGUUACCUUUAAUCUGGUCUUCGUGGCGUCUCUGAAACCCCUUCGUGCUAGAGGAUCAGAAUUUUUUUAGAAAGGACGCUGAACAAUAUAGGUCUUGAUCCAGCGACCACGUCGAAAUUCUGAGAGAGGUAAUGGAAGAUUGGAACGAGUCUCCAGAUCUCUCGACUGCUGCUGUGACGAUUUCUCGAGGCCGGGAUGCUGAUGAGCGGCCAUAUCUCCGAUCUGACCGGCACAGGUCUGCAGACGUUCACUUUGCAGCUGCGGGUGCGGGUUCAUCUGAUGGCGGCCAUGAAGCACUGGCGGGCAACCCAGCGGCUGGGACCGAUCACCACACCAAAUCGGAAGACCCCCAGCUCCUGUUUCACGCGGCGUCCGCAGGGCAGGAUGAGAUGGUGAGAUACUUACUGACAAGUGCCAGCGUCAAUGUCGAUGUGAAGGACGAAAACGGGAAUACGGCAUUGAUGAUUGCAGCUGAGGAAGGCCACACUUCUACUAUGCAGAUUUUGUUAGAGCACGGGGCGGAUUUCAAAACCUUCAACCACAAAGGAUUCAACUGUGUGCACGAGGCCUCGGACAAGGGAGCCUCCGGAGUGUUGAAGCUGCUGUUUCAGGAGGAUGGGGACGACGGCUACCUCGACGGAAGAUCAGUGCCCGCGGGCCCUCUCUCAGUCCAGCAGGUGCUGCUACGGGAACCUACAAAAUACAGCAUGCGCCUGCAGCUGAUGGAGAUGAGGAGCGUGGAUGACAGUUUCACUCCCCUGCAUUUGGCUGCCAAAGGCAAACACAUUCAGACUGUGGUGCAGCUGCUGAAGUCUUACAUCGUGGUGGCUCUGAAAAUGCGAGGGUUCAGUCGACAUCCUCGCCCCACCUGCAUGAAAGAAUUUUUGGACCUCGUAAGAAAAUCACAGAGCGAUCGCAGCAGUUUAAUCCUCAGAGAGCUCAAGGGUGGCGACCACAGUCCUGCGAAAGAAGAUCAGUACGCCAGAAUUCGCGACCAGCUGCUAUCAUACUGCAACGAGAAAUCAGAUCAGAAAGAAUGGAAGGACAGCUUUCUGGCGAGCACGACAGGGCAGUCGUACUCGAAAGUCGCCGACGAAUUCGUGGACGCUUACGUGAGUUUCCUGGUCUACACGAAUGAGACGGAUUACAGGCGUCGAGCCUUCCUGCAUUACAUUGCUGAGAACCUCACGGACCCGACCUCGUACUCUUGUGCCAAUGUGGAGUCCUGUCCCAUCAAGAGCAUUCUCGACUUCCCCACAGUGGAUGUCAACGUACUGGAUGUGAACAACGAAACACCAUUGCAUUUAAUUUCACGGCAAGGGUUUCUGUGCAUGCUCAGGCACGUCUUCGAGUCCGGAAGAACUCCCGACCUGCUGGCCCGUAAUUCUGAUGGCGAGUCUCCUGGUAAAAUCCUCUGGAAUGAAUGCCGCGAGCACAUCUCCGCCCCGCUGCCUGAGGAGAGAGACGAGGAGGAGGGCGGGGAGGGCAAUGUCGGAUGCGCGAGCGGAGACAGCGUGUGCCGGCACUGCGCCUCGUUGUCUUUCCUCGAGAACAAUCUGUUCAAGAAGUUUUUGGAGGACAAGGACCCUGAUUGCAUGCAGACGGUGGCGGAUUUCUUGCUGUACCUGCGAGAGGUUCUGGAGAAGCGCAAAGUCGUGGAAGAAGAAGCGAAACAGCACCGAGACCGAUUCAAGGAGGACGGCCACUCCAAGGGUCUCACCCCAUUGCACUACUUGGCCUACAGAAAGCAUGUGGAGCCGAUCAAAGGCCUGCUCAGGGAUUCGAAAUUCCGACGUCUGAUCAACAGGCAGUACAACUGCGACGGCCAGACAGCGCUCCAUUUCGCUGUCAGUGGCAGGAGGAUCGAGGUCGUCGAGGCCCUGCUCGGGAGUAAGUCCGUGCUCAGAAAUGUGGAGGAUAAGAGAUUUCGGACGCCGUGUGAGCUUUUGUCGGAGAUUGUCAGGACCAGCUACUCAUCGACGGUCAAGGAUACGGAGGCUCUGCUGCUGAAGGACGAGGACGUGAAGGCUUUCAUGGAGAAGCAGUACCGGGAUCGACAGGUUCAUGUCGAUGCAGGGAACACGGCUUUGGUGGGCGCUGCGCUGAUCGCCAGUGUGACGUUUGCAGGAUGGCUGCAGCCUCCUCUAGGGUACAUAGAGUAUAAUCAGUUCGACAAGGAGCAAUUCGCGGCCGUGGAGGCGCACGCGAGCGUUCAGCUGUUUUGGUUGUUCAACAGCUUGUCGUUUUUCUCCGCCAUAGCCACGGUGGUGAGUGGGGCGAGGGCCGUGUUACCAGCGCCCCACAGUCAAUUCAUCGCCAAGGAGGUGCGACACAUGAGGAGGUGGCUCGUGCUGACAUCGUUCCUGCUGGUUGUAUCGAUCGUCUGUGUGCUGGGAGCCUUCACAGCGGCUGGCUAUGGCACACUGCCACCCAUCUCUAGAUAUCAGACUCUGAUGACCGUCACGACCGUCAUCGGCGGAAUUAUGUGUGUAGUAGUGUUGAGUAUCUAUUUUCUCCGUCUGAUCGACAUCUUCAAUCGAGAUAGCAGAAGAUUCUGGUCGACUUUCGCCAGAAGAUCUGCGAAUCACGUAAAGGGGCCAAAACUUGCGUGAUCGUGGAAACGAUCCGAUUAAUUGCUUCAAAUUUCGCGUUACUUUGUACGCGUCGGUGAUGAAAAGGAAGUAUCAAGUUGUAACUUUUUUAUGUGUAUGUGAUUGAUAUUUUGCCAU